AACUGGUGCGCCUUUGUAAUAACACUAACAAUAAUUAUUUGUCCGACUAAUAAAAAACGUAAUCAGAGUCGCAAAAGGGUUUCUUCUUAGUGGAAGCCAACGAUUUGCAGAGGAAGAUCAUUUGGACAAAAGUGACAAUAACCAAAACCUUCUCAAUGGCUAAACCGGAAAACAACGAAAAUCAUCAAACAUGGAGCACAUGGGAGGAGCUCCUCCUCGCCUGCGCCGUUCACCGUCACGGUAUCGAUUCGUGGGACUCCGUCGCCGCCGAAAUCCACAAACAAAACUCUUCUUCUCGUACACUCACCGCCUCCGACUGUCGUCACAAAUACCACGAUCUCAAACGACGAUUCUCCCCCGGGGGAGAUACCGUCUCCGAGAUCUCUGGGUGGCUCGAGGAGCUGAGAAAGCUCCGCGUCGAUGAGCUCCGUCGAGAAGUCGAACGUUACGAUCUAUCCAUUUCGUCUUUGCAGAUGAAGGUGAAGAGAUUGGAAGAUGAGAGAGAGAAGAGCUUAAAGGAGGAGGCGGAGAAGGUUACCGAAUCUCCAGAUCUGGUUAAAAUCACGGAAACGGUUAACAACUCCGACGUUCCGGUUAUCGAGCCGAACCGGGAAAUCGACGAAUCAAUUGAAGAAAAACCGAACCGGAUCGGGGGAGAUGAAACCGAUGAGAAACCGGUUAGGGAGGAUUCGGGUAGGGGAAGUUGCGAGAGCGUGGCGAAGGACUCGGAGAGAGGUGACUCAGUAAGAGAGGGUAAAGACUCGCCCGAGUUGAAAUUAGAGGAAGAAGUGAAAGAAACGAGUGACGUGCAAAGCUCGGCGAGCUUACCGAGAAAGGAGAAGCCGGUGGGACACGACCAACCGGAUAACGAGGAUCAAUCUCUGGCCGUUAAUAAGACGCUCGUUAAAUCUAGGCCGUUGAUUGAAUUCAUCGAGAUGCUUUGCUCUCAUCCUAUUGGCUCCCAUUUUUCGCGCCGGCUCGAGAGCCAGCUGCAGGAAACACCUGAGGAGUACGAGAGGAUAAUAAGGCAGCACAUAGACUUUGACCUGAUUCGAACUCGUGUAGAAGAAGGUUAUUACGAAAGCUCCAAGACCAAGUUUCAUCGAGAUUUACUUGUACUAAUCAACAACGCCAAGGUUUUCUACGGCGAGCGAUCUCCUGACUCUAACUCCGCAACGCAGCUUCACGAACUCAUCAAGAAACAGAUGACUACUCUCAACACGUCUAAUCAAACAUCACCAACAAAAGACGAACCCUUGGUGACGUCUAAGGAGGAGGAACUCACACUGUUGUCUCUGAAGACAGAAGUGUCCGUAUCUGUUAAAGCUUGUAGGAAACGUAGUUCCUUAGCUGUUAGAUCUUCUGAACCGUUCAAGAAAAAAACUAACAUAGUUCCAACGACGGAUGAGAAUGAGAAGAAGCAAGUUUCAGAGACGGAGGAGGAAGAUGAAACCACCACUGAUAAAGAUGAGGAACCUAUUGUUCCCAAGAAGACGCCUAGAGGAAGAACAACAACAACCUCAUCAUCAGCUAAAAAAAUUGGAACCAGAAACGUUGUUAAGACCAGUUUGGAUGAUGAUCAGAAGAAAAGUGAUCAAGAAAAGAAGGGUAAGACCACAGCAAAUGCCGUCUCAAAGAAGCAAAGCGCGGCAAGUUUUCUUAAGAGAAUGAAAGGAGCUGAAACUGUGCUAGAGACGGUGAAGGAUGAUUCCUCUAGUGGAAAGAAAGGAGCUGAACAGAGGAGAAGUAACACUAAGCAUGAAAAAGCUGUUGCAGGUCAGAAACGAACAACACCUGCAAAGAAAAACACAAGUGCAGCCUCUAAAAGAGAAGCUAGUGAAAAGGAGGAAGGUUCUUCUACUCGCCCAAAGAAACGUACAAGGAAGUUAUGAGAGUCAUUAUUACACUGCUUUAACUAUCUUAUAUAGUCUCAAGAAUCUACUAAGGCAUCAAAAACAUAUGUACAGCGAUACUAAAAGAGAAAAAGAUCUGAAACAAGUCUAAAAGAGAGUGUUCUUGUCUUGAUUCUUGUCAUGCUUCUGGUCUUCUCUACAUCCCCCUACUGCGCUUUAGCUUUUCCCUUAUCAAGUUUCUUGAUCUUGAUAAUAGGAAUCCCACUGGCAGAUCUUCCAACCUAUCAGAGAGAGUUGUGUCAGUGAAGGGUGAAAGAAAC